UUGAAUUUUGACUUCGUCGUCAUUCAUGUUGUUUGGGCUUGAUUUGACAUGAUUGAUUAUAAAACUUACGGUUUAUGGAGCAAAAAAUAAAAAUAUUUGUUUAGAUAACUCAUAUCUCGACGCCAUACAAGAAAUAACGUACCUUCCAAAAACGUAGUUAUUUGUGGAACAAUUCGGCGAUGUCGUCAGACAUAGACAUUGAGGAGCACAAUGUGCUAGACCAUCCGAAGAUUAAGACCAUAUUUCCGGACAUUUCAUCCAUAAAGACGGAAAUUGUGGAUAUAGAUGAUGAGGAAAUGCUCGAGUAUGCUGAUGACAAUGAAUAUCUCCAAGAAGACAUGUAUCAUGACGAUAUGCUGGAAGACGAUACACACGGGAUUGAUGGGAUCGAUGACAUUCAUCUCAUAGACCCGGCCAGCUUCCACCACGUGUCACAGAACAAAAUUAUCCUGGGCACGAAACCGGUGCCCGAGAGAGAUCCCACGUCAGCGCAUGUGUCGCUAAUAGAUUGGAAAUAUAUACUCAAUAGGCACAAGUUCUACUGCCAGGAGUGUAUGAUACUGUUCCCCACGCAGAAUACGAUGGAUGCGCACAGAAUGACAGCCCAUUCGCUGUUGGUUGCGGUGCAAGAGUAUGAGAAUGUAGAUGAGGACACAGCCGACCCGCCGAGGGUCAAUAAAGCCAAGAAGAGUACAACGAAAAGCGUCGCCGCGUUACACUGCAGCGGUUUCAGGCACAACAAAGCCGUAAAAAGCACGGCCAAAGUGAAAACGGACGUGUUGAGUGCUAGUGUCGAAAGUGCAUCGAGUGUCGAUCGAUCGAUAGUGUCGAUAGUGCAAAGUGCGUCGAACGUGCGCGGCAUGGUGAACCUAAAAAAGUGUCCGGUCUGCAAGUGUUACUAUCUAAGCGAGCGGAACAUACGGUGUCACUUCAUGAAGAACCACGGGACGAGUGGCCUGAGGCCGAUCGACGAACCGUUCAGCGGGAAGUGCUCGUUCUGCGAUUACAAAACGAUAAACUUCAAGAAGUACAACUUUCACCUGCAACAAGUGCACAAUGGGAUAUUCAAGAGGUUAUGUGCACAGCGAGAGCAGUUCGCGUGCUCUGAACACGACUUGACCUUCACGUCGGCGAACGCCUUGCACAUACACAGGGUGGCCGCUCAUACGCCCGAUGAUAGUGCCUCUGCGGUACACGUGGGGGUCGUGCCGCGGGAGAUUCUGUUCAAAUGCGACAAAUGCCCGAACCACUUCCUUGCCAGUUGCGCGGCGUUCUCCCACUCGGUGCAGUGCGUUAAGACGCACGUGGAGUGGACGUGCGCGGUGUGCAAACGCGCGUUUCGCUCCUCGGACAUACAAAAGCACAAGUUGCAGCACGCGCUGUUCAAAAAGUUCAAUGUUCUGAAGAUUUCGCAAAAGUUGACGAAGCGGGUCGCGUGCAAGUGUCCACAAUGCGGCGUGCUGUUCGACGAGCGAACCUUCUGGAAGUGUCACGCGCCGCACUGCGUUGAGACCGCGUCGGAGCCGUGCGCCGCGUGCGGUUCGAAUGUCGAACGUUCGUUCGUGGACAAGCACAGCAGAAUACACGCGGCCAAUUUGAAAAUUUUGACAAUCGAAUUCGUCACCGGCCAGCUGGAGCUGAAGGCACAGGUGACACCUGUCAAACCGGGCGCCAACAACGAAUAUAGGAGUGUGUCGAUAUUGUACUAUUGCAGGGCGUGCAAGACGUACUGCCACACGAAAACGCAGUUCCAUUUGACGGAGGCGUGUUGCGACAUGUCCGGGGUCAAAAAGCGGACGUGCAAGCUGUGCGGUCUGUGCUUCACCACGAAAACAUUUCCGACACACAUGGCGCGAGAGCACGACGAUAGGAAUUUCAAUUUGGGCAACAUUGAUUUUUUUGAUAUAAAAACGGAACAGAGAAUCACUCCGCCGCUGCCUGAAUGGAAAAAGUGUUCCCAGUGCAAGAUAAAUUUCUUCGGCCAGAGAGCGCUGCGUAAGCACAACUGUUUCGAAGAGAAAUUCAAAAACUGCGCUAAAUGCGACGAAGGGUUUAGCGAUUUGGCGUAUAAACUGCACGCCCCGUUUCACGCCGUUCACGCGCAGCAGAAACGAGACGUGGAAAUGCCGGAUUUAAUGAAAAAAUACGAAUCGAUGCAGUCUCUGUGGAAUAUCAUUUAUCUGUGCCAAGUCUGCGGCAUAGUAUUCGAUAACUACGACAAAGUAAUAGAGCAUUGUCAGGAUCAUUUUUGCAAUAUGGAAAGUUUCGAUGUUCAAAUCGAAAAGUGUCAUAUAUGCAAUCUUCAGUUUGACCAGGCGUCGUAUAGAAAACACGCCGAUAUCCAUCUGAAUCCGAUUAAGAAGAGCUCCUUUCAAAUACUCAAGUUUAAUUAUGAGAAUCUACUAAACGAUGCAUGGUUUGAUGUAUUCAAGCCAAUAACGGAGGAACAGAGGGGCCAUAUACUAGCAAGAAGCGCAUAUAAUAUAGACAGAUGUAUCAGGUUCAAAUUAGAAAUGGACGGGUUUUCGAACAACACAAUGUUCAAAUGCAACAUAUGUAAUAAUAUAAUCGAUAAGGAUGGUGUGCUAGAACACGCUAGAAAUCAAGAUGCAUGCGCGCGGAGCAAGCAACGGUUUACUUGCAUGUUUUGCAAUCUGUCAUUUCAGAAUAAAAACACGAAAGUGGCGCACGAACGCGACCAUAUCGGCAAUACACUGAAAGAGAACUCCAUUCGUCUCGUCACCUUCAACCACCAAAACGAUUUCGCUACGAACUUCGUGAUGUGCAACCUGCCAAGAAAGGACAGUUUGAAGUUCAACUGGUGCCAAGAAUGCAACCUUUUGAUCAAAAAGCAAGACUAUAAUAAACACCUCAUGAAACACAAACCGAAAAAGGUCACAUAUGCGGUAAAAAAAGCCAGCAAACCAAUGAAAAUGUACGAUGUAUACCAAUGCGUGCAUUGCAACGGCACGGUCUUCAAAUUUAUCAACGUGAAACGGCACAACUGCCCGACAAAUGCGUCCUACCAGUCGUGCAAAUAUUGCAAUCUAAGAUUUAGGAAGUGCUUCAUGGCGAAACAUUACGCGUUUCAUAAAAUCAAGCCCAGUUUCAAUAAGAAUACCAUCAAUGUUAUACCAUUUGAUAAUGGUAAUGUCGAAAUGGUAUCUCAAAUAGUGGAGACCUCACCGGUUUUACCGAGGAGCAACAGUAUAUUAUUGACCCUGUACCAGUGUCAGAAAUGUCGAGCGUGCGUUAGCACCAAGUCCAAGAUGAAAAGUCACACGUGCGUGACGAAUAAGAAGUUCCUGGUGCCGUGCUCUAUAUGCAGAGUCUACUUCCGCAGAAUGCGAUUUAAAUAUCACGAGAAUAUACACAAGCUUCGGCCGGACAUAACAAAAUCGAAUAUAGAGAUCGUUAAAUACAAUUUACCUGCGGACAAAACGGUUAAAAGGAAACUGGAAGAGAUCGUGACACCCCGUAAGAAAAUCAAAGUGGAGAUGCCACCGGACGCGAACAAAACGAUUUCCCCAGACCCCAUGGCGUUGAUCUAUCGUCGCAUUUCCGUGGUAUACAAAUGCGCCUGUAACAUACUGUUUGAGAACAGAAUUAAUUUAGCUGAACACAUGAAAGUAUGCAGAAGUGACCGAAACGCAGUGGCGUGCAAUCUAUGCGGGUUGCAAUUCCAUCAAAAGGACAUACAGAUACACGAGAAUACGGAUGCUUGCGCGGACAGUAAAUUCUACUUGGUCGGCUCGGUCGUAAUAAAUAAUAAACACACGCACGACCCCAAUCAUUGGAUAACCAACUGCUCCGAGUGUAACUUGUACUAUAUGAACGUCAAAGGUCUGAAAAUACACAUGGCCAAGGGACACUUGAAACGGUCGAUUAGCGUUUGCCCACAGUGCAAUGUCCUAUUCCCUCAAAAGCGCUAUAAGGAGCAUGUGGUCAAACAUCAUGAAAAAAUGAAAGUUCGUGUGUCAGAGCUCAAUAGAGAGAGUUUCGAUGUAGUUUCUAUCGCUGAAUUGGUAAAGCUCAACGCGAAGAUCGGUUGUCCGAGUGAGGCGCUUUCGACUAACGUGAAAGAGCAAGUUGUUGAAACCUCAAUAUUGUACAAGUGCUCGGACUGCGAGUUGUACUUUACUCUUAGGAAAACCCUCGGUUAUCAUUACGAAAAGAAUCAGCACGAUAUAAAAAGGUUUCCCUGCAAGUAUUGUGGGUUGAAUUUCACUCAGAUAUUGUUGAGACGUCACGAGGAAUUUGAGCAUACGAUCAACGACUUCAAAAUUGUAAUCAGCCCCGAUGUUAAAGAACGGACGUUCAAAAGGGAGUCACUCGAUACCUCGUCGAAUUAUAGUUUUGAAAAUACACCGGUGAAAAUCGAAAGGAUACCAUCACCGCUGAAGAUUCCUAAGGAAAAGCCUAUGAGCGUGAAAGUUGAAGGAAAAUUCGAUGUGUCUACGCUGAAACAUAGAAACAACACCGCCGAAGAGGCGCGCAUUAUCCGAAAAUUGUCUAAAACUCCGAUACAAAAAUUGAAAAUGAUCUACCAGUGUGAUAUAUGCAAGCUCAGUUUCCUCCACGAAGACACAAUAGCCUGCCAUAUGAGCAAAGGCACACACACAUCGAGAUGCAUGCCUUGUUCAGAGUGUGGGCUGCUGUUUACAAAGCCGAGCUUACAACGGCACACGCUAAUGCACCACGAGAUCUUAAAAUUCAAAUUGGAAGACUUUCAAAGGAGGAUCUAUACGUCGGAAACCUAUUUCUACGAUGCGCCCAUAGACAAUGCGAUACCAACAUCGAGUGAGGCGAACACAGCGAAAAUAGCCAUAGAGCAGGAAAUUGCACCUGUUAUAAAAACGGAAGCGCCGAUGUUGUACAAAUGUGCUCACUGUGACGUUUACUUUACGUCACAUGACAUGUGCUGGGAGCACACCAACAGCCACACGCCGCUGGACUCCACAGAGUAUAUAGGCUGUAAAAUAUGCGACCUGCAAUUACUCUGCGAAUGUCUGGGCGUUCAUAUGCGCGGGCAUAGAGAAAACACGUUCGACAUCGACAAUUUGGUUGUUACGGAGUACCAACCCCGGGAGCACGAUACGCCAUUAACAAGCACCUACUUGGCUGCUGAGAAGUUGAAGUCGAAAUUGAUAAGCACCACCACCGAUUGUGGGAAUGAAGACUGAUUGAGCCAUUUUCGGAUUAAACCGUCUUAUUUACUUUUAGAUAGUUUUGCUUCUGUAAGCAAUUUGGGCCACUUACCUGCCGCAAUCAAGCCAGUUCUGUCCUAUUGAAAUGUCCAAAGACACGCCAUCUAUUAAGACUUGCUAAAUCAUCAUGACCAGUGCAUCUAUAUCAUAUCGAUAUUCCUAAUAUAUUUUGUGUAAAUUUGUCUAAAACUCUGUUGAGUUUUACCCCACCUCCUACGUCAGAUCUAAGCCCAGUGCUAAAAAAUGAAUAUAAUUUUAAUAAUUGCUAUCUGUAUCUGAUCGAAGAAGCUUCCGCUUAUGUUUUUUUUUGUGAUUUGGUGUUUAAAGAGUUUUUGUAUAUCUGAUUCGUAAAGAAUAUUUUUAAAAGUGAUCCUAUUAUAGAUUAAAAUAUUAUUUGAAUUCGUAACUAUGGUUACAUGGCCUGUAUGGUGAUUAUAACUCUACAACGCUAUCCGUUCGUCGAUGAAUAUUAAAUAAUUUUGAUGUAGAAUUAAGGAGGACACAUAUCUUUACGAAGUCCAUCAAUAGAUAUAUAGAGAUAUUGCUUUGUCAAUAGAUAUAUGUAGAAAAAAGCCAAUAUUUUUCCAUUUAGAAUGAUUCAAUUUACUUAAUUAGCUCUCUUCAUUCAAUUAAAGUCUUAUCGGUCGUCAGUGCCAUACGAGAAGGUUUUUCGUGGCGUUUCCUAUAUGGUUACUUAUGUACCAUUGGUUGUUUGAAUUUCCUAAAAGCCAGCCCCCCCUUCCCCCUUUUUUACGCUGUUUUACAUUCGUCCUCCUUAAUUUCGCUCUAAGUCUUUGAAUUGUAUAAAUGAUACUCAACUAUGAACCAAAUAUGUUAAAAGAUGAUAUUAUAUCAAUAAAAUGAAUAUUACAUGCCAUUCUCCAAACGAGUUUUACCUCUGAAUUCUCAAUGUGAGUUGUCUCUUUCAGUUUUUAUAGUUAGUUUGGAGUGAAAGAGACGAAGCGAUGUUGAGAAGGCCGUGACUUAAACUGUAAUGUUAACUUAGUUUUUAAGUUAAUGAUAAUUGUUAAUGUUUGAAUGAUUUAAGAGUAAGAUUGUAAUUAAAGUAUUUUGAAUACA